AUUUUUUAUUUGUUUUUAAAAUGAAGCUUAAAAUAAAAACCUUAAAUAAUUUAGAGGCUGAAGUUGAUGUGAAAGAUGGCAGUUCGGUGGAGGAGUUGAUGAAGAUCGUAGAGACUCAUUUACCUAGCAUGCCUUCUGACCGCCAAAAGCUUAUCCACUCUGGAAAGGUGCUUAAGCGUGAACUAUUACUAUCGGAUUACGCUGAUAUUAAAGACGGAGACAAGGUUAUUGUUAUAGCACAGAAACAGAGUGAAACUACAUCUACAGUUUCCACACAGUCACAAAAGGCUCCGGUUGCGGAUGAUAGGACGAAGGCGGUGGAUGUUCCCCAACCCAUUAAUCUUGCAGAAUCCACAUUGGUCACAGGUUCUGAGCUUGAAAUGAACAUUGCCAGGAUUUGUGAAAUGGGUUUUCCAAGGGCUGAAGUUGAAGCCGCUAUGGCAGCAGCGUUUAACAAUCCUGACCGCGCCGUCGAAUUUUUAACUACGGGCACUAUUCCUGAUACAAGCAUGAUUUCAAACAGUUCUGAUGCAGGAGUUUAUGAUGGUGGUGCCGAUAUGCUGCGUAAUAUUCCUAUGAGUGACAACUUAGCAAGUAUUCAAUCGCACCCUGCAUUCCAGCAGCUGAGGCAGGUUAUUCAAUCGGAUCCACAAGUUCUCCAAAGACUUUUGGAAAACAUCGGCGAAACAGAUCCCGAGUUGCUUCAGAAAAUCAUCGAGCAUCAAGAUGAGUUUAUGGAGAUGCUUAAUAGUAGCGAUGAUAUGAAUGGUUUUCCAAGUGCGGACGAUGGACCAAACUUUGUACAUCUAACCGAAGCCGAAAUACAGAGUGUCGAGCGCUUGGAGGGGCUCGGGUUUUCACGUGCUGCAGUAAUUGAAGCGUUCUUAGCUUGUGAUAAGAAUGAGGAGCUUGCUGCCAACUAUCUGUUAGAGAACGCGAACGAUUUCACUUCAGAUGAAUGAUGUAAUGUCUACAAAUUCGAUUAUA